AAGUAUUUCUUUUCUACAUGCAACUUCUAACUCAUGCUUUUUUAAGAAACAAAAAUUCAGGCCACAAAUGCUUAACUACAACCUCUUUUGCCAAUUAUUUGUAUUCUUCUAUUUUCAUGGACUUUUUCAUUGAGCAGUUUUCUAUGUCUCUUAUAAAAUGGGUUUGAUGAAACAAAUUCAAGAGAAUCUUACUAUCCAAGUCAACAGAGAUACCUCUGAUGUUGCUAAUUUAGAAAUAAAUUACUCCAUCUGCAUGCAUUUAGAAAUAAAAUACUCCAUCUACAUGCAUUUAUUGUGCUUUGACUUAGUGUGGUGUUUAGUUGCUGUCAGGCAAAUCACAGUGUUAUUGAAGCUUAGUCCUACUUGAUAAUUUCCUUAGAGACUUUAGGAAAAAUCAUUACUGGACUGGUCACCUCUAAACAAGUCUUGACAUUUCUUCCCAGCCCCCAUUUGUGUUGUUCUUCUUGCUGAGAUUGUUGUCGUCCAAAACUUUCCCCACUCUAAAUAUUUCAAGAUCCUCAUAUCACCAUAAUGUCAUUGCUGGUUACAAAUCUUACAUAAGUCUUUACCUCUGCCUGCCUGCCUGCCAAAGAAUGGGUUAAUCAGGUUGCUGUCUCCUCUGAGUUAUUUCUGUGACUACUUCCAUUUGCCUGACAUUCAGAUUCUGACUCUUCUCAUACUUUUUUCCAAGCUUGAACUCAGUAAGUAAAGGCUGAGAUAUUAGAAUUUCCUAAAUAUCUCAAGGGGAAGAUUCAGCAAAAUUGAUAACCAUUCUGACUGCUAAGUCUACUUUGGCAGGCUCCUCUCUCUAAUGGAACUUGGAGGAGUAUCUGCAAUUGAGUUGUGCUCCACCCCAUUUUUGGAUUUCACUGAAUAAAGCCUAGAUUUGGUUAUAUCUUGUUUGUGUUUGUUUCACAUUGUGUUUAUGCCCCACUAGGUAAAGUACAAGUGUGGGCUUCAUCUGGUUGUAUUUUCACCUUGCAGAGGUGGUAAUUGAAUCUCUAACAAUGGUCUUGCUUCUCAGGAGUGUUUCAACUUGUGCUGCUAUAUUAAACCAGGUUAGUUCUUGGGUUCCCUUGGAAGGUAAUGUCCUAUCUGUUGAUGGUGAACUAUGGCAAUGCAAAACUUCAGCAACAGUCAGAGGAGGGGAUCUGAAGCAUUUAGAAUUCCUUUUAUGGAAAGAGCCAUUCUGAGUUUUUACCUAGGAUCCCUCUCCCUGCAUACACCUGGGCAGGCUCAGCAAAGAGUGGAGGCUUGUCUUUGUUGUCUGACCUUUGAGGACAGAUGUUGCCAAGACUAUUGCAGUUUACAGCAGAUCUGUGGCAAGUUAAAGCAGCUUCCAAACACUGCAGUGUUGUGACAGAUUCUGCUGGAGGCUGCCUAGCUCAUUCCCACUGAAGAAACUUCCUGCUAGCUACAGCUUUGGACAGCCAUUUGAUAACAUAAUUAUAAACUCUCAUGGGUUUGGAGCAAGUCCCAUUCAAACCUUUUGGUACCCCCAGGUCAGCAAUCUUGAACUUGGGAGUGUCUGCAGUAAAUUUCGAGGUGAGAGGAAGAGGACUGAGCCUAGUGUCACCAAGAUGGGUUGGGCACAAAUUUGGCAGAAAUUUGUCCAAAGUUUUGUGCAGACCAGGGAUUCUAUAACACUUGCGUAGUUAAAAGUGGAUGGGUGGGUGGAUGAAGAAUUGAAAGUCUUAGAGCCUAUUGACCAUUCCCAAGAAAAGCCAAGAGCACUGAUUUUGAUGUUGUUCUGGUAAUUUAUACAAGCUAGGACAAACAUGCCAAAGAUGUAUGACAGGAAAGAGUUAAAAAAUUCUCAACAUGUUCUCCUACUAUCUCUGCAAGCCGGAGGCCAAGGGAAAAUGUACCCGCACAAACACACACACAUUUCAGCAAGGAACCUGUUUUGCAAGUUUUGCUGGUAAAAAAGUAGGAAGGGGUUGCUUGAGAGCAGAGUGGAAAGCCUUAGAAGUAUUGAUUGAAGGUUUUUCAAAACCUACAUUUUCAACGUAACUUUAUCCUUCAGAGAGAGGCACAUGUGCCACUGUAGGUUUUUCUUCGACUGAUUAAGUGCAUUGUUAGACAGGGAGGGGCAGAUUAACGAAUGCCUAUAAUUUUGAUCAUUGUUUUCUACAAAACAGCUCAGGCUUUGAAAAUGAAGCCAUCAUUCUUGGCUAAGUUUUUGCCAACAGCACAAAUUAUACUGUGCAGAGAUCCAAAGCCCCUAAAAAGGUUUCAUUAAUGAACAAUUUCAGAUGAUUGUUUAAGUCUUUGCCUGACAGGUACUGUUGGCACAGAGACAGGUGGGGUUAGGGUUUCCAUGGAGAUUUAUGAUGUCAUGCUUGAAAGAGCAUGUCAAGACAGCCAAUUUAGCAAGUAGCUACUCAAAAAGUCCUAUAGGCUAGAAGUAGGUUUUAUGCAAAUGACAGGAGUUUCACUGGGAAAAACAGCAAAAGAAAACAGUAGAGAGAUAUGGAAGGGGGUUUACCUGACAGCUCCGAAGGAUGACCCUGGAAUCCAUUAGAGAUGAAACUUCCAGAAGAAAAAUUAGAGUUUGUACUUUAACUGUCGCCUCACCUGUGGAGCUCUGAGUACAGACAAGAAGCCCCAAAUUGUCUCACAGUCCUCAACCUCCCAGUUUGGGUGAGCCGGUCGAGCAUUUAUCAGAGACAUCAGGUGAUUCCUUGGAAGCCAUGUCUGAGGGAGAAGCUCCAAGUCCUUUUUCCAGAGGCAGCCGGACUCGAGCGAGCCUUCCAGUGGUGAGAACCACCAACCAGACGAAAGAAAGAUCUCUGGGAGUUCUCUAUCUGCAGUAUGGAGAUGAAACCAAGCAGCUCAGGAUGCCGAAUGAAAUCACAAGUGCAGACACAAUCCGGGCUCUCUUCGUAAGUGCCUUUCCACAGCAGCUCACCAUGAAAAUGCUGGAGUCGCCCAGUGUCGCCAUUUACAUCAAAGAUGAAAGCAGAAAUGUGUAUUAUGAAUUAAAUGAUGUAAGGAACAUUCAGGAUAGAUCGCUCCUCAAAGUGUACAACAAGGAUCCUGCACAUGCGUUCAAUCACAUGCCCAAAACUGUGAACGGAGACAUGAGGAUGCAGAGAGAAAUUGUUUAUGCAAGAGGAGAUGGCCCUGGUGCCUCUCGACCUGGAUCCACAGCUCAUCUACCCCACGCCAUUCCAAAUUCUCCGCCUUCCACUCCUGUCCCCCAUUCCAUGCCACCCUCCCCAUCCAGAAUUCCUUAUGGGGGCACCCGCCCCAUGCUUGUUCCUGGCAAUGCCACCAUCCCCAGGGACAGACUCUCCAGCCUGCCAGUCUCCAGAUCCAUCUCACCCAGCCCGAGCGCCAUUUUGGAAAGAAGAGAUGUAAAGCCAGAUGAAGACAUGAGUGGCAAGAACAUUGCGAUGUACCGAAAUGAGGGUUUCUAUGCUGAUCCUUACUUGUAUCACGAGGGACGGAUGAGCAUAGCCUCUUCCCAUGGUGGACACCCACUGGAUGUCCCUGAUCACAUCAUUGCAUAUCACCGCACAGCCAUCCGGUCAGCGAGUGCUUACUGCAACCCUUCUUUGCAAGCAGAAAUGCAUAUGGAACAGUCAUUGUACAGGCAGAAAUCUAGGAAGUAUCCAGAUAGCCACUUGCCUACACUGGGCCCCAAAACGCCUCCUGCCUCUCCUCACCGGGUCAGUGACAUGAGAAUGGACAUGCACGCUCAUCAUAACGCCCACGGGCCCCCUCACACCAUGCAGCCAGACCGGGUCUCGCCCAGCCGCCAGGCCUACAAAAAGGAGGCAGGCACCUUGGUGUAUAUUGAAAAGCCACGGACUCCAGGACUAUCCGGAAUUAUGGACCUUGGCCCUCCUCUAGUGGAGAAGCAAAUGUUUGCUUACAGCACUGCUACGAUACCCAAAGACAGAGAGACCAGAGAGAGGAUGCAAGCCAUGGAGAAACAGAUUGCCAGUUUAACUGGCCUUGUGCAGUCUGCGCUUUUUAAAGGGUCCCUCACAAGUAAUAGCAAAGAUGCAUCUAGCGAGAAAAUGAUGAAAACUGCAGCCCAUAAGAGCCACACAGAUAGUGCAGGAACUCCCCAUGUCUCUGGUGGGAAGACUCUUGGCACCCUGGAGUCCACAGGGCCGUUCAGCCAGCCCCUGCCCCCCAGCACCUCGGCUGUCCACCUGAGCCUGCUCGACAUGAGGCGGAGUGUGGCGGAACUCAAGCUCCAGCUGCAGCAGAUGCGACAGCUCCAGCUGCAGAACCAGGAGCUGCUGAGGGCAAUGAUGAAGAAGGCUGAGCUGGAAAUCAGUGGCAAAGUGAUUGAAACAAUGAAGAGACUGGAGGAUCCGGUGCAACGUCAGCGUGUCCUGGUGGAGCAAGAGAGACAGAAAUACCUGCGCGAAGAGGAGAAGAUCGUCAAGAAGUUGUGUGAGCUGGAAGACCUUGUUGAAGACUUGAAGAAGGACUCUGCAUCGGCUGCCCGAGUGGUCACUCUAAAAGAUGUGGAAGAUGGGGCUUUCCUCCUGCGACAAGUGGGAGAAGCUGUAGCUUCCCUGAAAGGAGAAUUUCCUACCUUACAAAACAAGAUGCGAGCUAUUCUGCGCAUAGAGGUGGAGGCAGUGCGGUUUCUGAAGGAGGAGCCGCACCGGCUGGACAGUCUCCUGCAGAGAGUACGGAGCAUGACCGACAUCCUGACCAUGCUGCGGAGACACGUCACCGAUGGGCUCUUGAGAGGCACAGAUUCAGCGCAGGCUGCACAGUAUGUCGCUAUGGAAAAGGCCACCACUGCGGAGGUCCUGAAGGGCCAGGAGGAGGCACCACAGGCCUCCGGCCAGCCCCCCCAGGGCACAGCAGCCCCUCGAGACGUGAAGGCGGAUGUGGUGCCCUUGACAGUCCACCGCGCACAGAGCUCUCCAGUGCUCAUCCAGCCCUCCCAGCUCUCCUCUGCCUUGCUGACCCCUGCCCAGCACUCGCCUGCAGGGGCUGGUCCUCAGCCAACCAGCCCUCCAGCCGUCACACAGGAAGUGAGCUCCACUCUGCAGUCAGCACAGGCAGCACAGUGCCCACAGGCACCCGUGAAUGGUGCCGCCAUGCAGAGCUUGUUCAUUGAGGAAAUCCACAGUGUCAGUGCCAAGAACAGGGCAGUGUCUAUUGAGAAAGCAGAGAGGAAGUGGGAAGAGAAAAGACAAAAUCUGGAGCACUAUAAUGGGAAAGAGUUUGAGAAACUCCUAGAAGAAGCUCAGGCCAAUAUCAUGAAGUCCAUUCCAAACCUGGAGAUGUCACCAGCCUCAGGCCCACAGCCGAAGGGCGAUGCUGCCUCGGACAAGCUGGAACUUGCAGAAGACUCUCCAAAUUCAGAACAGGACUUGGACAAGCUGGGGGGUAAGUCCCCACCACCUCCUCCCCCACCCCCGAGACGGAGCUACCUGCCAGGAUCAGGGCUCACCACCACCAGGUCCGGCGACGUGGUCUACACCAGCAGGAAGGAGAACGCCACCGCUAAGGCUAGCAGUGAAGAUGCUGGACCAAGCUCUCAGGCUAGAGCCACAAAAUGCCCAGCAGAGGAGCCUGCCUCAGCCUGGACCUGCUCCUCAAAGGAUGAGGAGGAAGAAGAAGAAGGAGACAAAAUCAUGGCAGAGCUCCAGGCAUUCCAGAAGUGUUCCUUUAUGGAUGUAAAUUCAAACAGUCAUGCUGAGCCAUCCAGGGCUGACAGUCACGUUAAAGACAGUAGGCCGGGGGCCACAGUCUCACCCAAGGAGAAGAAGAAGAUGCUGUGUUGUUCGACUGCAGCAGCUGACUCAUUGCACUCAUUUGGGGGCCUCAUGGAGGGCAUUUUUGGAAGUUGGCGAACAAAACAGCCCAAGAACUUGGAACUUUCCCAUGAAGACAUACAGAAAUCUGAGGUUGAAUAUGAAAAUGACCCCCAAAUGGAAUCCCGAAAGGUUAUCGCAGGAGCUCUUACACCUGGUGGCCAUCCUAUGUGGGAAAGAGGAAUGGAGAAUAGCAUUUCUGAUGCCUCAAGAACAUCAGACUGUAAAACUGACACCUUAAUGACGGAAAAUCCCAUAUCCAAUAAGAGUUUACUUAGAGACAGCAGAAACUAUUCCCAGAAAAAUGUGUCUAAGACCAGUUCUAGUUUCCCUGGCAUUAGUUCACUAGAAGAUGAAAUAAGCAAAGGGCCUAAAAUCUCAGGACUGCAGGACGCUACCUCUGACACUGAGAGUCAGAAGAUGAAUUACGUGAAGACAAAAGAGAUGCGUCAACAAGAUCAAGAAAACACAGAGAAGUGUCACCUGCUCUCUCCCACUAGAUCAACUGAAUUAGGUACUUGUGAUACCAAAACUCAAGAUCAACGGGUUCCUGUGACAGAGUGUGGCCAAGUUGUGCUGAGACACAAGGGAGCUUGGCAUGCUAAUGUGAAGUCUAAUGAGGACAGAGAAUCAACCCUAAGUUCUCCCGGUGAAGAAAGUGCACCCACAGACAACAUUGCCUUCAUGAUCACCAGGACUGCGGUCCAGGUUCUUUCCAGUGGGGAGGUCCACGAUAUAGUGAGCAAAAAGGGAGAAGAUGUGCAGACAGUGAAUAUUGACGCCAAAAAAGAGACGACUUCCCGACAAGAAGGGACUGAACACGAAGCGCCGGUCGUCUGCCUAGAUAAGAAACCAGUCAUCAUCAUUUUUGACGAACCCAUGGAUAUCCGGUCUGCAUAUAAGAGACUUUCAACCAUAUUUGAGGAAUGCGAUGAGGAAUUAGAGAAAAUGAUGACAGAGGAAAAGAUAGAGGAGGAGGAAGAGGAAGAAAAUGGAGAUGCUUUGGUCCAGAAUAACACCUCCCAAAAGUCUCACAAGGUUGUGUCAGGCAGCCCUGGAUCAGGACUGAAGGCCGAGAGUCGACUGCGGCCACACCUCCUCUUAGAAGGCACCAAAGUAUCGGGAGGACAGGAAAUGAAUGAGACCGAGCUGCCCACGUGCAGCCAGGCAGAUUCUCCAAGUUCAGACAGCAAGUGUGACGUGACAUAUGACCAAUUUGAAAGCCCCAAGAAAAAGUUUAAGUUCAAAUUCCCUAAAAAGCAACUUGCCGCUCUCACUCAAGCCAUUCGCACUGGAACCAAAACGGGGAAGAAGACUUUGCAGGUGGUCGUCUAUGAAGAGGAGGAAGAGGAUGGCACUUUGAAACAGCACAAAGAAGCUAAGCGAUUCGAAAUUACUAGAUCUUCUCAACCUGAGGACUCUCCCCAAAAUAGGCUCAAGAGACAAGAACAGCCCAGUCUAGACAGCACAUCUCCCAUUUCAAGAACUGAUGAGAUUAGAAAAAAUACCUACAGAACACUGGACAGCCUGGAGCAGACCAUCAAACAGCUUGAAAAUACGAUCAGUGAAAUGAGUCCAAAAGCCCUAGUUGAUACCUCAUGUUCUUCCAACAGAGAUUCUGUUGCAAGCUCAACCCACAUAGCCCGGGAGGCCUCUCCCCGAUCCUUGCUAGUUCUGGAAGAAGCUCCCACUGCCCUAGAGCUCCCCUCAUCAAUACCUUCAGCUUCACGUAAGGUCUCCAGCGGGACCCCGCAGACCAGCAGGAUGCCAGUCCCCAUGAGCUCUAAGAAUAGACCCGGAAGCCUGGACAAACCUGGCAAGCAGACCAAACUGCAGGAUCCCCGCCAGUAUCGUCAGGCUAAUGGAAGUGCUAAGAAAGCUGGUGGGGACUGUAAGCCUACUUUCCCCUCCUUACCUGCUUCUAAGAUUCCAGCCCUUUCUCCCAGCUCUGGGAAAAGCAGUUAUCUGCCCUCUGCUAGUGGUGACAGCUCUAGCUCCCCUAAUCCAACUGCUUCUAAACCAUCGGUUACUUCUAACCCUCUCAGCCCCCAAACAGGACGAUCUGCUCCCUCUGCCUCCCUCAUCCCCUCUGUCUCUAAUGGCUCCUUGAAGUUUCAGAGCCCCACCCACACAGGUAAAGGUCACCAUCUUUCAUUCUCACUGCAGACUCCAAAUGGCCGAGCAGCCCCUUCCUCCUGCUCCUCCUCCCCCCCCUCCCCCGCCUCCCCCACUUCACUGAAUCAAGGUGCCAAGAGCAUCAGGACCAUCCACACUCCUAGCCUCACCAGCUACAAGGCACAGAAUGGAAGUUCAAGCAAAGCCACCCCAUCCACAGCAAAGGAAACCUCUUAAAGGCCAAAUCCUAUUAGGCACAAGUUGAAGUUGCAUUUAAAAACUCAAAAAAAUUUUUAAUAGUCCUUAACAACUGUUUUCACCAGAGAAUGUAGCAUAUUGCUGUACUAUUUGAGGCUUAAUGCUAAGUAUGUGCUAAAUAUUGGAUUAAUAGAUUUCAGUAAAGCUUGUUUUGUUUUGUUUUUUACUUUGUUGCUAUUGUAAUUCCACAGUGUUCACCGUCUAUAUUCAAUACCUGUUAAAUGAAGUGAGCAUGUGUUACAGAAAGCAAGUGUGGCAAGAGCGAAGGGUGCGUGUGAGACAGGAGAAAGUGUAUUCGGCAUGUAAAACAUGUAUGAUUCCAAAAUUUUAGUAUGUUUUAUAUAAAAAUAUUUUUCAUUAUGGAGACUAGAAAUGAACAGAGAAAUACAUAAGUGUGACUAUACAAAUUGUAAAACAGAUACUAUAAUAUUUCCUUUUAUUUUAGUGUUAUUUAGCUUUAUUACAGAUUUCUAUUUUUGUCAAAACUUCAUGGUUCCUUUCAAGAUCUUUUUUGCCAAAACAUUUUGAUACUAUAGCAUUGUACAUUUGAAAGUAGUAUGCUAGACAAUAAGCCAAUGAACUUCUGCGCUGGCCACCCAGGGGCACAUAUAGAAAGCAAUUUAUCGAAACAAUUGCACUGCCAUGAAAAUUAUGCAUAAUAAUUUGCCAACCCAAACAAGCUAGUUUUCUUUGCAUUGCUUUCUAUUUUUUUUUAAAAAAAUCUAUUGGGAUUCUCUAGUUGUUUUCUUUGCAAUACAUCACCCCUUCCUUUGUUUUCUCAGACCUGGCGACUCACACCGUCUAACAUUGUGGAUUUUAAAGUGUACGCUUCUGUACUGUUCUGUAAACUGAUAAAACUUUGUAAAUAUAUAAAUAAACAUAAAAAUACUGUAUGUGACAGCACAGAGAGUAGUUUUCCCACACCAAAGUUAGUUUUUAUGCAUGCUUUAAAAAUAUAUAUUGGGAUGGGCAGAAAUGGAACUAUCCAUACCUUUUUAAAGAGCAACAAGUUUGCACAGCUAGAAUGUUUUUGUAAAUAACUGUAUUUGUAUAACACAGUCAUGUAAUAUACAGAACUAUAAGCAGAGACUUUGAAAAACUAAAUAAAGGGCUGCAUGCUUAUUAUUUUUUGUA